GCGGACGUCCAGAGAAUCGUCCUGCGUCGCUGACGAUCCAUCAAGAUUCGAGCUGUCGAGCUCCGGUUGGGAUCCUGUGAUCAGUAGCUCAGAAGUGGCGAAUUCAGCCCUAACGGCGGGUCUACGGAGUCUUGUCUCGACGUGACGCCGUUAAAAAUGGAGGUGAUGAAAGAGGCCAAGGCCAAGGCCAAGGGGACAGCCAUGACGACGAAGGCGAUGAAGGUGGUGGGGUCGGGUCAGAGGAGUUCGGUCUUCAGAGGAGUUACAAGGCACAGGUGGACGGGCCGCUACGAGGCCCACCUCUGGGACAACACUUGCAGGAGGGAGGGGCAAAAGCGGAAAGGCCGGCAGGUGUACUUGGGUGGAUAUGAUAAGGAGGAAAAGGCUGCCAGGGCAUAUGAUCUUGCAGCUUUGAAGUAUUGGGGACCCUCUGCCCCCACAAACUUUCCGGUGGAUAGGUACUACAAUGAGAUUGAGAUUAUGCAAAACAUGACAAAACAAGAAUUUAUUGCAUCUAUUCGAAGAAAUAGUAGUGGGUUUUCUAGGGGAGCAUCUGUCUACAGAGGCGUGACAAGACAUCAUCAACAAGGUCGGUGGCAAGCAAGGAUAGGUCGAGUAGCAGGGAACAAGGAUCUUUAUUUAGGGACAUUUGGCACUGAAGCAGAAGCUGCUGAGGCCUAUGAUGUGGCUGCAAUCAAGUUCAGAGGCUGCAACGCCGUUACAAACUUUGCCCUUAGUAGGUACAACGUGGAGGCUAUUGCCAACAGCGAGCUACCUGUUGGAACAUCAGCCAAAAGGAUGCAACAGCAGAAAGCUCUGCAGCCCAAAACCUCCAUGACAGCUAUCACCAGCACAGAGCUGUCAACCAGAGCAUUGCCUGAGCGAACAAAGCAGUCUGCCCACGGAAACAACUCACCAUUCCUGACGAUCACAAGUGUUAAUAAGACUAUCUGCAACUGGGCAACAGGAAAUUUUCAAACCAACGGCGCACCACAGCAAACAAUGGAGAGCAGUAAUGCAUUGGAACAUCCUAAUAAUGAUCCAUAUGCCUCUGUGCACAAUCUUUUUCAGCUUCAAAGCUCUACUGUCGACCAAUCGUCAAUUUCAUUGGCUUACUACAACAUGGAUGAUGCUAGCUCUGAUCCGUGUGGACAGAAUUUCUGUUGGCCCUUGGUGAACAGCCAACACACUCGUCAAGUUCACUGUGGCACACUGGCGCAGGGAACGGAGCUUCUCCGGCUGACAUCUUGAAGCUUUGCUAACAAGCUCUUGACUAUUGGCCGAAAUUGCCAUGACGUUUUGCUCACCUCCUUAGGGCUUUAGUGAUGACAACUUAAUUAAAAGCAUGGGUCUCUCUCUCUUAAUCUGUGGCUGGUACUGGGAGAAACCUUUUUCUUAGUUAGCGUGUUGAAAGCUUUAAUGUACAGGAGUCAGUCGAGGAAAUUUUGUGCCUUUAAGCUUUUAUCGU